UUUAAAAAGAAGAAGAAGAAGCACAAGAUACACGGCGUGUUUAGAUUUUUGCCAACCGCCAAUAAAACAUCAACAAAAAGAAAAACUGGCGGUGAAGGAGCGUCGAGCUUCACUCAGAGACAAAAUGGCUUCCAGAUCAGAGGAGGAUCUCUGCUGUCCAGUCUGCCAGGACAUCUUUGUUGACCCGGUUGUUCUGUCAUGCAGUCACAGUUUCUGUAAGGAAUGUCUGAAGAACUCCUGGAGAGCAAGACCUGGACGUUCAUGUCCUGUUUGUAGGAAAAGAUCUGACAGAGAAGAUCCUCCAGUUAGUCUGACUCUGAAGAGACUCUGUGAAUCAUUCUUACAGCAAAAAUUCCAAAAUGCUUCAGAGAGUCUCUGCUGUCUGCACUCUGAGAAACUCAAACUCUUCUGUCUGGACCAUCAGCAGCCAGUUUGUCUCAUUUGCAGAGAUUCAGAAAAACACACAAACCACAGAUUCAGGCCCAUCGAUGAAGCUGCUCAGCAACACAAGAAGAAACUUCAGGAAACUCUGAAACCUUUGAAGAAGAAACUGGAGUUGAAGAAGAAAGUUAAAGAGGAGUUUGAUCAGACAGCAGAACACAGGAAGGUCCAGGCCCGACACACAGAGAGGCAGAUUGUUGAGCAGUUUAAGAAGCUUCAUCAGUUUCUAGCAGAGGAAGAGGAGGCCAGGCUGGCUGCACUGAGGGAGGAAGAGAAGCAGAAGAGAGGGAUGAUGAAGGAGAAGAUGGAGGCUCUGAGCAGAGAGAUAGCAGCUCUUUCAGACACAGUCAGAGCCACAGAGGAGGAGCUGAGAGCUGCAGACGUCUCAUUCCUGCACAACUACAAGGCUGCAGUGGAAAGAGUCCAGCGCUGCCCCCUGCUGGAGGAUCCACAGCUGCCCUCAGGAGCUCUGAUAGACCAGGCCAAACAUCUGGGCAACCUGGCCUUCAACAUCUGGAGCAACAUGAAGAACAUGGUGACCUACACUCCUCUGGUUCUGGACCCAAACACGGCUGGGUCAAGACUCUUCCUGUCUGACGAUUUGACCAGUGGGACGUUUGGAGAGAAACAGCAGCUUCCUGAUAAUCCAGAGAGGUUUGGACCAGAGUGGUCCGUCCUCAGCUCUGAGGGCUUUAACUCAGGGAACCACAGCUGGGAUGUCGAUGUUGGAGACAGUCAGUAUUGGUUGCUGGGUGUGUUAGUAGAGUCUGCCCAGAGGAAGGGGAAGAUACAGUCUGGAUUUUGGGUCAUACAGUUCUAUAGAGGUAAAUAUUCAGCACGGAUUACAGCAGCUCCUCUCUCAGAUCUACCAGUCCAGAAGAAACUCCAGAGGAUCAGAGUGAAUCUGGACUGGGACGGAGGAAAGCUGUCGUUCUCUGAUCUGGAUACUAACACACACAUACACACCUUCACACACACCUUCACUGACAAGAUGUUUCCAUGUUUUGUCUCUGCCAACGUCAAAAUCCUAUCCAUGGAGAUCUCAGUGAAAAAACAGCAUCUCUGUCCAAGUUAAACCUUGAUGAGAUUUAAACUCUGGUUUUAGACAGGAAACUGGAGGUGAUCUGACUGAUCAUCUGGUUGUUUUCAGCUCAGCUUCAGAUCUGCUUCGUAAGCCAGAAACUGAAUGUGACAUAAAGUGGAUGAUGUGAAGCUUAGACUGGCACUGACUCUGCAGGAUCAGUUUGUCUCAUACCGUCAUCCAGAAAACAUUUCAAAAUGGUUGGCAAGAAAUCCAAGGGUAAACAUCUAAAAUACAUUCAUCCAGGUUUGAUUAAACGGAGAACUCAAUAUGUCAGAUGCCUCUGAGAACAUUUUGAAGAAACUCUGAGCCAUCCACUCAUUGCUGUGAUGAACAGCCUGCAUGUACCGGACUGAGGUGACAUGGAGAAAUACGGAGCUGAUGGCACUCUGGCACCGUCCUGGAUGUCUGCCGUACCGUAACCAUUAGACAGAAAUGUCUGGUUCACCCAGAAAUAUGGACAACCCUGACCAUCCUCUGCAGGAUGAGAAAACAGGAUCUUCAGUCAGAGACUUCUUCUCAUUCGCUGUAACACAGACUGCUACAAGAGCUUUCCUACCAACAGCCUUCACCAUCCUCAGUAACUCUUGGAAGAACCUGAAUUAACGAUCUACAACAACAUUUCAUUUCCUUUUGGGAUUAAUAAAGUGUAUGUGAAUUUGCUUUAGCAAACAUUUCUCUUGAUAUAACUGAGGCGCAGCUUUCAGUCCCAACCACCAGACGGCUCUUCUAGCCAGUCAAACUGAGGGUGGCGAUGGGAAAACUGUGAUUCAGAUCCAGCAGUUGCUUUGUGUGCCGUUCAAUGUCUGACUGAACAUGGACCAGAGAUAUGUAAACGGGAAGACACUAAGAAUGUAGAUGAAGAGAUAAAGGACACAUUUUGCUGGUUUUGGAUGGAGGAGAUGGUUAGUUACAGUAAACCCUUUGGGAGCUCAGGUGGAGCGUGUUUCCAUCCAGAACAUCUUACUUUUUGCCAGGAACAACAGCCAUGGCAGAAAUCCUGCAACGACCAAUCAACCUGACCAUUCCUUCACCCAGUCUUUGUACGUGUCUGACGUCAACAUCUCUGCAGACCCCACACAUGCUGGACACAAGCUCCUUAGACUUUUAGCUUCUGGGUGGCGUCACAAAGACAGUUUCUUCCACCAGAUUGUCCCUCUGAUUGACACUUAAUAGUGACCAACUUCUCUAGUCAAUACUAUGAAUAUUUGCAUUUCUUCAGCCUUGUCUUCUUCUUCUGUAACAGUACUGUAUAGAAGAAUAAUUCAUACAUAUCUAUGUACUAAAUAGAGGAAUAAAAC